AUGCCUUUAAAUUACUCAAAAUGGGAUCGUUUGGAAUUGUCUGAUGAUUCUGACAUCGAAGGGCAUCCUAACGUUGAUCAUAAAUCACUGGUCAAAUGGAAGCAACGAGACAUCCACGAGAAACGAGAGGCUCGCAAAGCCAAGAUCGCGAAACUCGAAGCGGAGAUCGCUUGCAACAAUGUCUUACAACCGCGCAUCGAGGUCGUUUACGCGAAAUUAGAGAAUGCGGAACCAUCGCCGUCGAUGUACUUCAACAACCUCGUCGAGCAACUAGAGCAGAAUCCGUCUCCCGAUGCACCGCCGACGAAUGCACCUGGACAACCAACGUAUGACGCAAUGAUGUUGAGCCUGUUGCUGCAAGUGAGCAAGGCUGCUAGGGAUCAGGUGGGCGGAUUGGCGGCGGCAGAGAAGGAGGAGAAAGUGGGGAAGGCGCUACGAACGGAGCUCGGGAAACAUUUGGAGAUGUUGAAGAAAACAACAGGUGAAAUGAAGAAAGACCUGGAAGUGGAACUCGCAGAGCAGAAGAAACACAUAACGAGUGAAGAUAUACACGAUGGCUUCGACAGUAAAUAUGUACCACCAAAGCCUGAGCCACCUCCCGUCCCCCACGCCAAAGUCGACAAGCCCAAGAAGAAAGUUACCACAACCGAAUUCGAGGUUCUGAAUCCCGGGGCGUCCACAGCAGGAUCGUCGAAACAAGCACCUCCUUCAUCGACUGAAGACCCUGAGGACGAUGCAGAGCUAGAUGAGGAAUUACCCGAGUUGACGCCAUCGCUUGAAGCCUUCUCGCGCAUAAAACUGCAACAGUGGGAGGAGUCCUUUGAGUUCAUCAAGACGCAUCGAGACGUCGUUGUCCCUGGCGCAUCGGACGCCCUUCUGGUAGCGGGAUUCCGCGCGGAAAGUGCAGGAAAGUCGCAGUAUGCUAAGCAGUGCGUCCACCAAAGCCUGCUGCUUCAGUACGGUGAAAAGCUGGGUGGCGAUGGCGUUGGUGUCUUCUUCAAGAAGAUGAUCGCGGGCGAUAAACGAGCGAUCAAAGUGUUCGUCGAUGAUGUCGAAACCACGUAUAACCACCUCAAGUCCCGUGUUAAAACACUACGGGAAGAGGAAGCGCAGUCAUCGGAAGGCAAAGAACAGAUCCAACUGGUGGCAGAAAACCCCGAUACCGUCAUUUCCUUCAACGUUCCAGAAGGGCCAGCACCUGACGAAAUCAAACUUGAAGGCCCGGGCACAGAAGGACUCGACGUUGAAGAGGUGAGGAAGGCGCUUGACUUUAGGUGGUCGGUUUUCUGCGGGUUCCCAGAGAAAUUCCAGGCGGCAUUAAAAGAAGGAACACUGGAGGGUGUCAACAAGGUUUUGGCAGAGAUGGAUGUGCCAGAAGCGGAGAAUAUUGUUUCGCAGUUGGACAUGGCGGGAAUUUUGAGCUUUGCCGAGGGCGGUAUUCGAGAUGAAACGGGGAAGGACAAAGAGAAUUAA